GCCAGCCCUCCAGCCUGCACCGCCAGCUCAGACCUCCCGGCUCGACUGGCUGCGCAGGCGGCGGUAAAAUGUCUGCUCCAGGAUCCUACCAGGCGGCUGCUGGACCUUCCUCGGUGCCAACUGCGCCCCCAUCCUAUGAAGAGACAGUUUCUGUUAACAGUUACUACCCCACACCUCCAGCACCCAUGCCAGGGCCAGCCACGGGGCUCAUGACGGGCCCGGAUGGGAAGGGCAUGAAUCCGCCUGCGUACUACACCCAGCCAGUGCCCGUCCCCAAUGCCAAUGCAAUCGCUGUGCAGACAGUCUACGUGCAGCAGCCCAUCUCCUUUUUCGACCGCCCGGUCCAGAUGUGUUGUCCUUCCUGCAACAAGAUGAUCGUGACUCAGCUGUCCUAUAAUGCCGGCGCCCUCACCUGGCUCUCCUGCGGGAGCCUGUGCCUGUUGGGGUGCAUCGCGGGCUGCUGCUUCAUCCCUUUCUGUGUGGACGCCCUGCAGGAUGUGGACCACUACUGUCCCAACUGCAAAGCUCUCCUGGGCACCUACAAGCGUUUGUAGGACUCAGCCAGACCCGAAGGGAGCCGUGUGCUGCAGGAAGGCCUUUCCAACUCUCGCCCAGCCCCGCCCCUGGUGAAGGCUCCAUUUUGGUG